AUGAUUGCUCCUUUAGCUACUCCGGCGACCCACCGAAGCUUUGGAAGGAAAGGUGCAGAAGGCUUUAUGAGCUGGACUGGUUCAUCUCUUUCUCACUGUUCAUGUUACUGUUCAUCUAGAACUGCAACUGGACUAGUUUGUGGAUCGAUGGACUUUUCUUUCACUAUUCAGGUCAUCCUUGCCGCUGGACUUCUUGUUCGACUGGGCUCUUUUAGACUUUCUUCUUCAAUUAGACUCUUAGGCAGUUGUAUUAUGGAAGCUGCAUUUAAUUCCAUGACAUCUCUUUUGGUAAUUAGGCUUCAUGUUCAGCAGGAACGCUUCAAUGGUUUCAAUUCAGCUAGAAUGUUCCUACAUCAGUUGGAAUUUUUUAGUUAA